AUGAAACUCGAGUGGUCUAAACAUUUAAGACCUUAUCGGUCUACUGAUUACGAAUAUGUGAGAAUUACUGCGGAAUCGGCACCAGUUGAUAAAUUGACCUCUACAGCAUCCGCAGUUCCAAGACCUGCUAACCUCGAUCAGACAUGCAGUGUGUCGAUGCACCCGUCACCAGACGUCAAAGUUAGUAGGUUCACGCCUGCGAUCUGCCCUUUGAGGAUGAUCGCGACGCCGUCGACGCCCGGCGACGCGGCGCUCGCCGUCGCGCGCCAGUCACGCGGCGUCGGUAAGAUACAUCCAAGUGAGAAUUCACGGAAUAAAAUGCAGCAAAAUAGUAACUGCGCCAUUUGCAGUUAUCCGAUGGCGCGCGGCAAUUGCAGGAUCGAGGGGAAGAAGGGAAUUAGUACACUGAUCACACAGAGCAAACGCGUGGAAGACAAAAAAUGGUUGGAUUGGGAAAAAAAGGAAAAACUGGACUGCCAUGAGAAGUGUAGACUUUCAUACUCGGUCAGUGGAACGUAUACUCAGCAUUUUGCGUUGAAUGCACCAAAUAACAAUGUCGUAGCUGCAAGGGAUGAGGUUCCUGAUUUCCAUUACGCUGAUAAUUGCUUCAUUUGUGGUUUGAGUAUAAUAAAAGAUUCGAAAACAAAAAUCUGUACAGUCACACAAAAAGAAACGCGUGAUAACUUGAUUGCAAUGGGAAAGGAAAGAAAUGACUCUUUGGGAAUUAGCGUUGUUGAAAGAUUAGAGAACAUUUCUUGCUUAAUUCGCAUACAAGGCAGAUACCACCGGACAUGCAUGUCUCAUUUCAAUGCGUAUGGUUUAAAAAAAAAUAUCGAUGAUCUAAACUGGUCUAGAAUCGAUUCAUUGUUAGAACCUGUGUGGCAAGUUCUUGAAGAAGACAAAAAUGUUAUUCAUUAUUUGUCGAAGUUAGUAGAACUUGUGGAUGAUGACUCUAUAGAUAGAAGGACUGUAGCAGAUCACAUUAAAAAACAUUACGGUGAGGAAGUUGAGUGCAGUAUAAUGGGGGGAAAAGAUAUACGUGUAUGCUUCAAAAGUCAUCAUGUUUUUAAUGUGUCAGCAGACCCAUCAACUUUCACAGAAGGGCAGAUACAAGUUAUUUUGCUUCAGGCCUCAAAUAUAAUGCACAGAGAGAUUCGUAGCAAGCAAUUUGUAAGCGAUAAGUACCCACCGUCCAAUCAAUUUGUAAGCGAUCUUUCCUCCGAUUAUCCACCCCACUUUUCGUUCUUUAUUGAGCACUUUCUCCUUAUCGCUGACGAAGAGGAAGAUAAAAAAGCAAAGUCUGUGAAGCGAGACAUGAUAUCUCAAUGCAUACUUUCAUUCAUUCAGCCACGUACGUUUUUGUCCACCCUCCACUUGUCGAUUGGGACAUUGAUUCUGAGAAAAACAGGUUCCAAGUACAUCAUAAAUCUUCUGCAUGCAUUAGGCGUUUGCACUUCUUACUACAAUAUUGAAUUGUAUGAGGCUUCAACAAUAGUGAAUCCACCCAGAUUGAUCAUCGAAAAACCUUUCGUACAAUUUGUAUUUGAUAAUACUGACCACAACGUCAGGACCCUGGACGGACGGGAGACUUUCCAUUGUUUAGGCGGAAUACAGGUUUACUCUCCGGAGCACGAAAUCACACAAUGUGGAAGUGUCGAAAAACUUACUGAGAUGCCUUCCGCAAAUAUCCUUGCAAAGCAAGAACAAAUUCCAAUCUUCCCUUACGUCGAGCCGCCAAAAGAGGGCUUGAAACUUAUAGAAUUCAUCGAUACAAAUUUACUGACCAUGGUCGACAUGCCUCUAUUCCCCCCUACUUACUCAACUUAUUUGUGGGCUAAAUACGUUGAUCUUGAGAAUGUACCAGCAUGGCGAGGUUUCAUGGAGAUAUGUUCGGAAAAUGAAAGUUUCCAAAGGUCGGGGGUGCAAUGCCAACAAUUCAUUAACGAAGUUCCAUCUAGUUUAACAACCAUUUAUACAUCAAUCAUGCAUGCAAAGAGCGAAACCCGUAAAUGUGGUCAAAAAACCACUAUCUUAACUUACGACUUGCCGUUGUACAUGAAAUGUCGCGAUAUUAUAGCGAAGUUAAUGUUGCCCGACGUUUUUGUUCGCUUAGGCGGAUUCCACAUGUUAAUGUCUUUUUUGGGAGCAAUAGGUAUUAUCAUGGGAGGAAGCGGACUUGAAUCUAUGUGGGAGCUUGCUUACGCUAGUGAAUCCAUAAAGAAAAUGAUGGACGGGCACAAUUAUUCAAGAGCAGUCCGAGCACACAUUUUGACGUUUACAGCUUUAGGCAUCGUAAUUUGUGAUUCAAUCGAAGAAAAAGGCGAGAUCAAAGGGGUUAUCGCAUCAUUGAUGCGUGUCUGGCAGAAAAAUCCUCUCAAGCUAGGGGACAGUGACUCUGAUAAGGACCUGAAGAAAAUGUCUGAUUUGUUUUAUACAAAGUUGAAGCAAUUGAAAAAUAACGGCCCAACAGCCAAGUUGUGGGUGCAGUACAUUGAAGCCGUGCUUAUUGUCUUGCGUUUUAUUGAAGCAGAACGUCUUGGAAACUGGGACCUUCAUCUUGAUGGCGUUCGAAGAAUGUUGCCAUUGUUUCAUGCCGCAGGACAUUUUCAAUAUGCAAAAGCAGCUCAGAUUUAUUUGCAGGAUAUGGUACUUCUACAGGACAUCAUGGAUCCUCAAGAGUUUCACCAUUUUGCCACGCAGGGUUAUUUCACUAUCCACAGGUCGGAUAAGGCUUGGUCCGGAAUCUGGAGUGACAUGACAAUCGAGCAGACAUUGAAUAGGUUUUUUGGGACUGACUUGAAAUACGGAAGAGGUGUUACGCGGAGUGUCGUGUCUCGAUAUUUGCUGGGGAUGCCUUGCGCCGUGCAUGUGAUGCAAGCAUUGGAAGAGUAUUGUAACCUGGAGACGAGAAACAGUGAGCAGCAUGUUGAUUUGGGCAAAGGACGAAAAGCAUGGGACGCAAAGGACAUUGCCUCAUUCGUUACUUGGUUGAAGGGGCAUGAACCAUUCAAAGUCCGCGAGGAAUUAAUUUCGCUGUCAACUGGAGUUGUUGGUGGUGUGGAAAUAAAUUGUCAUAUGGCUUUCGAGCGUGGCACACAAGCAAUGUGUCAUAUAGUUGGACGCACUUAUGAAAAGGUGUCGCUGUCAAAAUUGUACAAGAUCAAGAAUUUGGACUUUGCACGGACACAAUCUCAAAAAGCUAUGUCUUCCACUGUCACUGUUGAUACCUCUCUAUUAUUUCAACGUCUGUCUGUGGCUAUGCGUGGAAGGAAAGAGAUGAGUAAAUCUUGCUUCGACUACGAAAUGUCUCCUGUUCCACUUAGUUUGUUCGACGAGAAAGGAUCAAUGCGAAAGACCGACAAGUCACAGUUAUAUAAAAUGUUCACUACUACCCUAUCCUCACGAGCAUUUUUUGAAGAUUCUCAGUUUGUUGUAGACGGAGGAUGGUUGCUUCACAGCCUCGUCUGGCCUCAUAGUAAGACAUACCGUGCAAUCUUUGAUAUGUACAAGAACUUUCUUGUUCAGCGGUUUGGUCGGAGCGUCAUCAUUGUUUUCGACGGAUAUGAAGAUGAACAUAUAGGUGUCAAAUCAUACGAGCGAGACCGUAGACAAGAAAGAAAUUGUGGCGUGGACGUUGAAAUUGAACCAGACAAUCUCGUCCCAUUGAACCAAAGGACAUUUUUGUCCAACGUGAAAAACAAGGCUCAAUUUGUUUAUCACCUUGGUCAAACUCUUGCAACAUAUGAGGGAUUCAGUUUUACCGUGAUCCAUGCGAAAGAGGAUGCGGAUGUUGAGAUUGUGAGAACAGCUCUGAAGACUCAUAACGAAUUGUUUCGUCACGGGAAAUCACGAGUUAUAGUCGUCGGCUCGGAUGUUGAUCUCUUAAUAUUACUUAUUGGACUCACUCCAACCUCAGAGAGCAUGUACUAUUACAAGAUGGGCCAGGGGGGCAAGGCGAACCAAUUGUACGAUACUCGGGAUCACAAACAUUUGCAACCAUUUCUACUUUUUGCUCAUGCCUUUGCGGGCUGCGACACUACUAGCUGCUUUUUUGGGAAAGGGAAGAUGAAGCUGGUGAAGUUGCUGCUGCAGAACGACAGCAUUAGAGCGCUGGCGCUGAAGUUUUACGAGCAGGACUGCUUGGAAGACGAAUUGCUGCAAUGUGCAGAGACGAUUACUCUCGCACUAUACAAAGACAAAGAACAGUUUUCUUCUCUCGGGACUUUCAGAUACAAUUUGUUUUCUACAAACUUAGCAAAGGCAAAAAAGGAAACGCCCCUAGAAUGUCUGCCACCAACAUCUCCUGCCUUGCUUCAGCACUGUAAACGAGUGUACUAUCAAAUCCAGGUGUGGCUUCAGCAUAGAUUAGAUCCCUGCUUGUGGGGAUGGACAAGACAGGGUAAUAUUCUCAUUCCGAUCAUGUCUGAAGCAGAUCCCGCACCAAAAGAACUGUUACAAAAGGUUUCCUGUGGAUGCCAAGCGCCCUGCAAAUCGAAGCGAUGUAACUGCCGAAAAGCCGGUCUAAAGUGCAACCCUGCUUGCAAAGUAUGCCGCGGAAAAUCGUACAACAACUCAAAGAGAUGGACUGCUACAGAACACCAUGAUAGCGAAACUCCGACUACUACAGAUGCAUGUGAGGAGGACGGUGGACAAACUACCGUAGAACCCGAUAAUGAGGACUUAACAGAAGAUGAUGAGACCUCAUCAAGCAGCCACGAUGCAACGACCGAUGACGAGGAAAUUAACGAAGGACUUUAA